AUGAAUUCGUGUCAAAAAGCAUUCGAAGACGACAUAGGGUUUGAUUUUGUGGUGAAUUUUGCGUCUGAGACCCGUUCCGGUCAUUCGGACGCUGUCUAUGAAGAGGGCGUCUAUAAGCUGUCCAUCAAUUGUGCCAAAGAGGCCGCCAAACAGAGAGUCAAGAGAUAUGUGGAAAUCUCGAGCGCAGAGUUUGAAUGCGAUUCGACGACCGGAUUGUCUGAGUCGAGCCCUUCGCUCAAACCACUGACACCUUUGGCUAAAUAUAAGCUCAAAGUGGAGAAUGAGUUGAAAGCAAUUGAAAAUUUCAAUUAUAUAAUCGUUAGACCGGCUCUUGUCUACGGAAUAGCCGACAGAUUCUCAUUAAUGCCAAGAAUUAUCAUUUCUUGUGUUUAUAAGCAUUUGAAUGAAACGAUGAAACUUUUGUGGAACAAAGACCUCAAACUCAAUACAAUUCAUGUCCAGGACUUGUGUUCUGCCGUUUGGUUGUGUUGUCUGAACGGCAAAGAAGGGGAAGUGUAUAACGUGGUCGAUACGGGAGACACCACUCAGGGCUCACUAAACCAUAUAUUAAGCGAUAUAUUCGGCAUUCAUUGCGAUUAUUGGGGAAAUAAUAUGUCGAAAAUAAUCGUUAAAACCAAAGGUUUGGACGAUUUGGUGGAAGAGAUCAACGAAAAACAUAUGUUAGGGUGGAGUGAGUUGUGCGGAAAACACGGCAUUAGAAACACUCCAAUCACUCCCUAUUUAUACCCAGAAAUGUUACAAAACAAAAGCUUAUGUCUAAACGGAGACAAACUCAAUGGUUUAGGCUUUUCCCAUAAAAUACCACAAAUGACUAAAGAAUUGGUUUUAGAGAUAAUCAAUGAUUACGUGGAAAUGUCUUUAUUUCCCAAAAUAUUGUAA